CCAGCUAGAUGCAGAUUACGCGUACGAAAAACGGAACUGAAGUAACACACAUUUGGGGAGAGUCUACGAAAAUACGGAAUUUCAAAAUCUUGUAAGAAUUUCUUUGACUAGUUGAAUUAUUUUCUGGAAUCAUCAACUCCUACUUCAACUGAACAAAGAAGUUAACGCUUGACCUGUGCAACAGAGGGAUAAUCCUUGACCCGUAACCAUGACGACCAUGCAGAGGUUAAACCAGGAUCUUGACCAGUUGGACAGUCUUCGGCCAGGUGGACAGCUGUCCCAGAACGGACAACUGCAGCCAGGAACCAUCUACACGCAGAACAUCACCACCACUCAGACGUUCUAUGGCUCCCAACCAAAGAAGUUUGCCCCUGUGGUGGGCCCAAAGCCCCGCAGUCAGAAUGCCCUGCCCCCAUCGGGAUCUAAAGGUGCACCACCCCCAACGUUGCCUAAACCUUCAGGUUAUUACAAACCAACAGCUGCUGCUAAAGGGCCUCCGCCUAUGCCGCCACCUAAAACAUCACAGCGCCACCACGAGCUCAGCAAUGCUAGAGCAGGUCUAAAAAAAGGACUGCCAUCAUACUCUCCAGUUGAUCUCCCCCCUCCCCCCUCACCUGAUCAAGCUUAUGGAGGCCGGGACGACGCCCCUCUCCCGCCCCCACCUCCUGAGUUGAGUGGAUCCAGCUACCCACCCAAGCCUGCCCCUACCAUGCAGACAUACAAUGAACCACACCCAGCAGUACAACCAGGCUACAGGCAGCCCUCUUACAGGCAGCAAACCAGUCCUACUCCAGGUCCUAGCCCUGCUCCAAAGCCAGCUCCAGCAGGUCUAAAGGGUCCAGACUGGUCUUACCAUGUCCCUCAGCCUACAGACCAGCCUAUCACUUCACCGGCCAAGUCUGGUGCUGAGGCAGAGAUUGAUGCUCUCACAAACCUCCUGGUGGCAAACAUGGGAACAACUCAAGAACCAGAAGGAGAGUUCUUUGGAAUGUGCUCACGUUGCAGCAACAAAGUUGUAGGUGAGAACAACGGUUGUACGGCCAUGGAGCAGGUCUACCACGUUGAUUGCUUCACAUGUGAGAAUAACUGUGGCACCAAGCUUCGUGGACAACCUUUCUAUGCCCUGGAAGGCAAGGCUUUCUGUGAGCACUGCUAUGUAAACUCACUCGAGAAAUGCUCUACUUGCUCUCAGCCAAUCACAGACAGAAUUUUGCGAGCCACUGGCAAGCCAUAUCACCCUGAUUGCUUUACAUGUGUUGUGUGUGGCAAGAGCUUGGAUGGUGUUCCUUUUACUGUGGAUGCUACAAACCAGAUACACUGCAUUGAGGACUUCCACAGGAAAUUUGCUCCUCGUUGCUCCGUGUGCCUUCACCCUAUUAUGCCUGAUGACGGUCAGGAAGAGACGGUUCGUAUCGUAGCUCUAGAUCGCAGCUUCCACGUACACUGCUACAAGUGUGAGGAUUGUGGAGUGUUGCUGUCAUCUGAAGCAGAUGGAAGAGGAUGCUAUCCACUGGAUGAUCAUAUCCUCUGCAGAGAAUGCAACGGAAAGCGUGUCCAGUCAAUCUCAUAAGAGGCGUGUCCAGUCACUCUCGCCAUAGUUACCAACCCACAGGAGGCGUGUUUAAUCACGCAGCAUAUAGUUACCAACCCAUACGAGGCGUGUCCAGUCACUCUCAGCAUAGUUACCAACCCACAGGAGGCGUGUUUAAUCACGCAGCAUAUAGUUACCAACCCAUACGAGGCGUGUCCAGUCACUCUCAGCACAGUUACCAACCCAUGGGAGGUGUGUCCAGUCACUCUCUACAUAGUUCCCAACCCAUAAGAGGCGUGUCCAGUCGCUCUCAGCAUAGUUACCAACCCUUGGGAGGUGUGUCCAGUCACUUUCAGCAUAGUUACCAACCCACAGGAGGCGUGGCCUACUUUAUCCCUAGAUAAUGACUUGCUAAAUCUUAUACUAUUCUAAACCAUACAUGUGUGGAGAGUGCAACAGGAGGUGCUCUCUGCAUAGUAAUCAGUCAGGGGAUGUGUCCUAGGUUAUUUCAAUGCCAUGUGACUUCCAAGUAGGUGUGGUCUGGAUGUUAUUUCAAAAUAAUUAUACAGAACUGCCUAAUUGGCUUGGCAUAUAUUGCCUGAAAAAAACCCAACAACAACAAGCAAACAAAAAGACCCCCACCUCCAAGAAAACAAACAUAAAAACAUAAAAACCCAUUUAGUUUUCACCAAGGAGGUUGGCCUAGACUUUUUAAAAUUAUGUAGAAUAGAACCAUUUGAUAAACCAUUUAUGGCCCUUUUCCUAGAUGACUGGCUAGUGGUUAAGAAUGAAUGAACUUUCUUUCCUUAGAGAUGUAUUUGAAUUCCACUAUGAAUUUGGUCAACAAUAACAAAACAUAUAGAACACAAAACAUACAUAACUUUUGAUAGUAAUAGAAUUCUCUUUAAAAGGAAGAAUUCUUUAAGUAUAUUUACUGCCUUUGCUACAAAAUAUAUUUUAUCUUCACUGCUAAACUUCAUUUUUAAAAGAUAUCAAACUGUUUGUGUCGGCUGAUCUAAAGUCUAGCUAAUAUAGAACAAAACAGUUUUUAUGUCAUGUUAUUCAACUUCUUCUACUCCUGCCAUCAUGAUAUCUGCCAUAAACAAAUAUCUAGUUGGGAUAAUCAGAAACAUAUAAUAUUAAAUAUCUUCAAACUUUCUACAUGUUGUGAAUUGAGAAACAUAAAUUGUCUGAUAAUGUAUGAUAUAUUUGAGUGAUCUUUUAAGCAACACCGCCUUUGAUAUUUGAAUAAGUAUGCACAUCAUUUAAAAAAGUGAACUACUUUUUUUUAAAAAUAUGUAAAGCUCAAUCGUAUCAAUUUACUCUCUUCAAAUAAUGAUAUUUGUAUAAUAUUGAAUGGCCUUGAGUGGGAUAUAAGAGUUGAUCCAUCGAGCUGAUAAGCAUAUUUCACGAGUCUGCAUGACAAGUGAUUAAAAGAAAAAUUCAAUAAAGGAAAUUAUAAAAUAGGUUAAAGAAUGUACUCAAUGAGUUGGAAUGGAUCACGUGUGCGUGCAUUAAUUUUAAUACCAUAUACACGUGGAGUGCAUUGUAUUUUGGUAAUAACAACCAUCAAUUCCUCGACUUCAUACUUGUAUUGUAGACCCAUGUUAUAAACAAAUAAUAUAUGUUUUUAGCUCGUGCAUUAGUGAUAGGCACUGCACUUGGUUAAGUCACAAUGAGACGGACAAUUAUGAACUCGACAAGUCUCGUUCAUGUUAAUUAACAUGCGUGCAUUCACUAAUGCACUCGCAGACAUGUGUUAUUUGUAUACUAAACAACAAAAAAUGAAAUUCUGCUGAUUAUUUGGGCUGCUCCAAGCUUUAGUAGGGAUAUAAACUUAACGAAUGUCGGAAUGGAACGGAUGGAAUUUUGGGGUCUACUAAUAUUUACGAUGAUGGUGACAUAUUGGAAAAGUUAUCUCGACUUGCCUUUAUAAUCAGUGUUACAUGAUAAACAAAUUAUUGGUUCCUGAUCAGCGAGGUUGUACUAGAUUUGAUGGUAUGAUAUGAAAGGAAUGGGUACUACAGUAUGCAUUAUAGUACUGCGUCUGAAUCAAAGAGAGUCAUCUCAUGAAGUAUACAGAGUGUAUUUAUUAAUCAUUUUAUCAUCAUAUCUCGAAAUGUAAAUUGGUUUGAUCAUUAAAAAAAAAAAUUAAGACGUUGAUAUUAUAAGCAUAGGUAAGGUAUAGGGCUGGGGUUAAUAGAAUGUGGUUUACACUUUGUCAACAAAUUCAGUAAAAAUUAUAUGACUGCUCCAAUAUUAUUUGGAUUUAUGUACUCUUUUCUUUUGCUUGUCAGUAACAAUUCUGAAGGUUUGUAAGAUAAAAAUUUUGCAAAAGUUGAAAACUGGAUUUCAGAAUGAGCAUAGGUUUGUUUGAAGGCUCCUUAUACUGUUAAAUUAAAAAUUGUAUGAAAUCAACUCGAAAAGAAAAAGAAUUAUAUUGUGUACAGAAAAAAACAUUUAUACAGGUACUUUAUGAUUAUUAUCUUCUUUUUUUGCAUUUUUCUCUUUUUUUGAUUUUUAGGGAUUGAUUAAUUGGAAAUAAGCAUGGGUUUUCUUUGCAUUGAAUAAAUUAAUUUUCUGUAUAUUUCCCCUUUAUUUCACAUUGUUCAUUGCGUGCUUCCAUGUGUCUGGAAUACAAGUAUAGACUGUAA